CUAACAAGUGCUCGCUAAUUAAUAAUCAUCUGAAGUAACGUGUAGUUUAAGACCUCCUCAUAUUGGCUUGGAACUAAAGUGCCUGGCGAUCUUGUCGGCAUGUGCGAUAAUGAAGAUGAUCUCUACCGGGAGCGCCUCCCAAACGUUUGCGGGUCGGUGGGUUCCAAGGCCCGAACUUGCUGCAGCAUUAGCACCGUUCACAAGUACCUGCCCGUCACCGACUGGCUGCCCAAGUACCAGUGGAGCUUUCUCCCCAUGGACCUGGUGGCGGGUCUGACUGUGGGUCUCACUGCCGUGCCCCAGGCCAUUGCCUACGGAGCGGUGGCCAAUCUCCCACCCGCCUAUGGCCUCUACUCGGCAUUUAUGGGAGGAUUCGUGUAUAUUCUUCUAGGAACAUGCAAGGACAUCACAGUGGGCCCAACUGCCAUCAUGGCUACCAUGGUGCGUCCGUAUGUGGAUGGUGACCCAGCUUAUGCGGUGCUACUCUGCUUCAUGUCCGGUUGCAUAAUAUUCGUAAUGGGCCUCCUGAAUCUGGGAGUUCUGAUGCGAUUUAUCUCCGUGCCGGUGACAACGGGCUUCACCAUGGCUGCUGCCAUCAGCAUUGCCACCGGCCAGGUGAACAGCCUUUUUGGCAUCAGCUCCAGUUCGAGUGGCUUCCUCAACAGCUGGAUAUACUUCUUCGGGCACCUAUCCCAGAUACGAAGAAAUGAUGCUAUUCUUGGGUGCUGCACUUUGGUGCUCCUACUCCUGAUGAGGCAAGUCAAAGACCUUCCUCUGCCAUUUAAAAGUGUCUUGAAGUACAUUUCCCUUUCCCGCAAUGCUGUGGCGGUGGUCAUAGGAAUCCUGCUCUGCUAUCUACUGAAAAAGGAUGGUGUCUUGCCGUUCUUGGUCAGCGGCACCAUCCAACCCGGUCUUCCGCCGUUCAAGCCGCCUCCAUUUCAUACGGAAGACCCCACCACCGGAGCACCAAUAAGCUUUGGUGGCAUGAUUUCAAAUGUUGGAUCUGCAUUGGCGAGCAUCCCAUUGCUUUCUAUUCUGGAGAGCAUUGCAGUGGCCAAGGCUUUCUCAAAGGGAAAGGUGCUGGACGCAUCCCAGGAGAUGAUUGCCUUGGGAGUCAGCAAUAUCCUAAGCAGCUUCUUCUCAUCGAUGCCGAUCACUGGCUCUUUCACGAGGACGGCCAUUAAUAAUGCCAGUGGUGUGAAGACACCUCUAGGGGGCGCAGUUACAGGAGCCAUUGUCCUGAUGACGCUGGCGUUCCUCACCUCCACCUUCGCCUACAUUCCCAAAGCCACCUUGGCGGCCAUCAUCAUAGCAGCCAUGUUCUUCAUGGUGGAAUACGAGACCAUUGGGGAGAUCUGGCGGGCAAAGAAACGCGAUAUGCUUCCGUUUCUGGUAACAGUGUUCACCUGUAUAUUUUGGACUUUGGAGUACGGAAUGGUGGUGGGCAUUGUUUUCAACGCCCUCUUCCUGCUCUACAAGAGCAUGAAGCCCCAGUUCCACUUGGAAAACGAAAAGUAUAAUGGAAUCGAGUUGACUGUGGCCGACAUCAAGGGCAGCGUAGACUAUGCGGCAGCCGAAUACUUGAAGCUGGCCAUUGUCUCGCACGUGACAAAUCAAAAAGAUACUGCCGCUGCUCCCACACUGGUGGUGAUUAAGGGUCACGAGAUUGCCUCAAUUGAUACCACCGUAGCACUGAACCUCAAAUCGCUUCGAGAAGAUCUGGCCAUGCUGCAGUGCGACCUGGUGUGCUGGAAUUGGAGCAUUCCGGCGGCGGGAGUGAUUUGCCGCAUGGACAGAAAGCUGCGCAGCAUGUUUAAGUUCUCGAAAAGCUUCGCCGAUCUAAUGCAAAUAAUAGCAGACGAAGCGCAAGAAUCGUGUGCCAGCAUUGCCGUCGAGUUGAGUCAAUAAAGUGUAUUCUUUUGUCUUGUCA